GCCCAGCUCUUUACAAGUACAUAUGGAAACACACUCUGAUGAGAAGUCCUAUGAAUGUAAGCAAUGUGGGAAAAUGUUUACGUUUUCCUCUUCCCUGAAACGACACUUACAACGUCAUAGUGAAAAGAAACCUUAUGAAUGUAAAGAAUGUGGGAAAGCUUUCAAGUUUCCCUCAUACCUUGAAUGCCAUAUGAGAACUCACACUGGUGAGACACCCCUUGAAUGUAAACAAUGUGGGAAAACAUUCAGUUGGCCCAUGUCCUUAAAAACACAUAUGGAAACACACUUAAGACCUCACAGUGGAGCGAAACCUUAUGAAUGUAAGGAAUGUGGGAAAGCCUUCAAUGUUCGCGCACACUUACGAAAGCAUAUGAGAAUGCACACCAGAGGGGCCUAUGAGUGUAAGGAAUGUGGGAAAGCCUUCAGUUCUUCCACAUACUUACAAGAACAUAUGAGAAUGCACACUGGAGAGCCCUAUGAAUGUAAGGAAUGUGGGAAAACCUUAUGUUCUCCUGCAUACUUACGAGAGCAUAUGAGAAUCCACACUGGAGAGAAGCCCUAUGAGUGUAAAUACUGUACGAGAACCUUCACUUUUCACUCAUCCUUUAAAACCCAUGAGAAAAUGCAUACUGGAGAGAAACCCUAUAAAUGUAAGCAGUGUGGAAAGGCGUUCACGUGUGUCUCUCGCCUUUAUAGACACAAGGAAACACACAGUGAACAGAAACCUUAUGAAUGUAAGCACUGUGGCAAAGGUUUCAGAUGUCCCAAAUACUUUAGGCAACAUGUCAGCAUGCACAGUGGGGAAAAACCCCUAUGAUUGUAAGGAAUGUGGGAAAGUCUACAGUGUGCCUGCAAACCUUCGGCAACAUAUGAUAACACACAGUGGUAAGAGACCUUAUGAAUGUCAACAAUGUGGGAAAAACUUUAUUUGGCCUACCUCUUUGCGAGUACAUAUGCAAUCACAUCACGCUCUGAUGAGAAACCCUAUGAAUGUACAGAAUGUGGGAAAGCCUACAAGUGCCCCAAAUCUCUUAAAUAACAUAUGAAAAACCUUUUUUUAAGACUACAAGGCAUGUUGAAAAGCCUUCUUUUAUCCUAAAAGCCUUGUAAAACACCCUGUACAAAACCCUUUUUUUUAAUGUAAAGGAUGUGGCAAGACCUUCAGGUAUUGCUGUUUAUAUGUUGUAUCCACAAAAAGUACCAAGAAGUUAUUUCAUUGCCUUUAUAGACUCCUCGCCCUUAUAAAUCACUUCUGUAAUAAUUUAAAAUUUGUUUCUAGUAUAAGCAUCUGAGAUGAUAUAUGCCCUUGUGUAGUGCCCCUGAGGAAUGGACUGACAGUUUACUUCCAAAAAACGUAACCAUCAAAAUGUCUACAGAGUUCUACUCUAACACAUGUGGAUCUCUCUGUCUGAGCCAGAGUCAA